AUGUGCGAGUAUACGAAAAACUACUACAUCUACACAUCAUGCAUGGAUCCAGGGGCUCACUUCUUUGGAACAUCGGUUGACGGCAAGCGAGAACAUCGAUGUCCAAGAGGCCCUCACGAAAGGUACAUUGUGGUACCCGGUCAUUGCCCUCUGUGCAACUCCUGA